AUGGGCCGCACUCGCCGCAUUCGCUUCAACCGCAUUGGUGCGUCUAAUUGGGCCGACAGCGACAGCGACCCCGGCAGUGGCGACGACAGCGAAGGCGAGGGCAGCAGCCGCAGCGGCGCGGAGGCGCCCGUGAGCGAGCUGGCCUCGUCCCACCGCGGUGGCGGCAACAGCAACGGCGGCGGCCAGCGGCCGGCCAGGUACCUUUGUUAUUUCGCUCAGUCGCUGCUGGAUUUCCGAGUGGCAGAGGUCGAGGCGCUGGCUGAGAUGGUGGGCUGCCCGCCAGGCACGCUGCGUUGGGAGCCGCCCGCCGGCGGCGACCCCGCGUCGCCGUUUUGGUUUGUGACUUUCCCGUCCCGCAGUGUGGCGCGCCACGUGGCUUCGCGGGCCGUCCUGCUGCGGGCCCUCAUCGAGGUGUGGGGCGAGGGCCCAGGCUGGCCGCAGCUGCAGGCGUCGGUCGAGGCGUACCCCGCCGCGCGCCGCGCGCGCUUCCUGGCGCCCGACACGAGCUUCCGGCUCAAGAUCGACACCUGGAACUUCAAGUGGAGGGAGGAGCGCAAGAGCGACGUCCUGGACGCCCUCGAGUUUGUGGGGUUCCAGGGGCGCGUCGACCUGAGUGACGCCGCGCAGUCCAGCUUCUGGGUGAUACUGGCGGCCCCCAAGCCGCCGGGGCAGGGGUGGGACGCGUGGGCGCGCUGCCAGCGGGAGCGCGAGCAGGGGGCGCGGACGGGGGCGGGGGAGGGCGGCGGGCAGGUGGCAAACGCGGGGCGGCAGCAGGAUGACGGCGGGCAGCAGCAGCAGCAGAACGGGGAACAGCAGCAGCGGCAGCAGGAGCACCAGCCGGCAAGCCAUGAAAGCAAUCAGCAGCAGCAUUCGGAGCCGGAGCAGCAGCAGGGAGAGGGCGAGCGGCAAUGGCAGCAGCAGCCGGGACAGCAGCAGUCAGAGCCGCCGCUCGGUGGUGAUGACAAAGUUGACCCCUGGACUUACAUAUACUUUGGGCGCGAGGUGGCCAUUGCGGAGAGCAGGGCCCUGCCUGCGCUGUUCAGCCUGAAGCAGAGGCGCUACCUGGGGCCGACCUCCAUGGACGCAGAGAUGGCCUUCGUGAUGGCCAACAUGGCGUGGGUGCGGGCCGGCCACCUGGUGCUAGACCCCUUCUGCGGCACGGGCUCCGUGCUGCUGGCGGCCGCCAAGCGCGGCGCGCACGUGGUGGGCGGCGACAUCGACAUGCGCGUCCUCAAACAGGGCCGGCCCAACCAGAAGACGGGCGCCCCCGAGGACAACUUUUCGAAUUUCGAGCAGUACGGGCUGACCUGGCCGGCGGGGCUGCUGCGGAUGGACGCAAGCAGGGCGCCCUUCAGGGCGGGCCUGACAGAGGUGUUUGACGCCAUCAUCGCGGACCCGCCUUACGGGGUGCGCGCUGGCGGCCGCAAGUCGGCCCCCAAGGAGGGCGCCCUCAUCCUGGACCCCGCCACGCACUACGUGGCCACCGCGCCCUACGGGCUGACAGAGUGUGUAGACGACCUGGUGGCCAUGGGGGCGCGGCUCCUGCGGCCCGGCGGGCGCCUGGUGUUCUUUGUCCCGGUGUCCCCGGAGACGUACGACCCAUCAGACUUCCCGGACCACCCCGCCAUGGCCCUGGCGGCCAACAGCGAGCAGCCGCUAUCCACCCGCUACAGCCGCCGCCUGCUCACAUUCCGCAAGUCCGCGCCGUUCGAACCGGCGCAGGACGCCGCAUGGCGCGAGGGGCGGCGUGGGUUCAAGAUGGGGAUUGAGCAGGUGGCUGACCAGGUCUGGGAGCCGGCGCCGCACAAAGCGGCCUUCAAGCAGCAGCGGCCAAAGGCGAAGGGCAAGCGGGGCCAGGCGGCUGGCGGCGAAGGGUGCGAUGGAGACGGCGGCGGUGGCGGGAGCGCCGGGGCGGACGCGGCUGGGGACGCCCAGGGCGCGGCGGUGGAGGCAGCGGCCGGAGCGGCAGCGGCGGCUCCGAGGGCCGCCUCGCUUGAGAGGGAGCUUCCCGCGAGCCCCGGCAGUGCGCUGCGCCGUUGCGCCGCCGUCGCCGCCCCGCGCUUGCCUCUGUCCGGCACCCUCCGCGCGCUGCUGACUCUGCGUGCCUCCGCCUCCACCACCUUCCCCACCUCUUUGGCCAGCUCCUGCGGCGCUCACGACGACGCUGCUUUCCUCAAGUUUUUGACUGAGAGCGGCCUGAUUGGCUCCCUUGACGCUGGCGACCACAGCAACGCCUGGGGCAGCUUCGACGCCGCCCCUGCAGCCCACAUGCCAGCUGCGGUCGACGGCGCGACGGCGGCAGCCGCCGCAGCCGUCGCUCCCACUGACAUCGCCCCCUGGCCCAUCGCUGAGGUGGCCGCGCUGCCGCGGCCCCUGAAGCGCCGCCGCUCCGUCGACUCCGGCGACACCCUGCCUAUGCCCGCUGGCGCCGACGCCCACCGCCGCAAGCGCGCCGUCCACGACGACGAGGCGACGUCUUCCUCACCUGCCAAUGACCUCGCCGGCCUGCCGCGCGCGCGCGGUGCCGCCGCCGCCGCCGCCAUCGGCGCAGCCGGCGCGCCCGAGCAGCACAACAACCGCGCGGCGGCGCAGGCUGCUGCAGCCGCCGAGGCGGAGGGCGUGUUCAAGGCCGUGCUGGUGGCCAAGGUGCUGACCAAGAGUGACGCCUCCUCCAAGCGCAUCAUCCUGCCGCGCAUCGCCAUAGAGGCCAACCUGCCGCACCUCACCAGCGGCGGCGGCGGCUUUGGACAGGGCCGCGCGCUGCACUUCCCCGCGCUCGACCGCGCCGGCCGCGAGUGGCCGCUCUGCAUCAAGGCCUGGGCCAACGGCGCCAACCCCAAGCCCGUGUUUGUGCUGGAGGGCGGCGUGGGGGAGCUCAUGAAGACCCACAGGCUCGGCCCCGGCGACGUGGUGGGCGUGCUCGCCAGCGAGGACGGGCGCCACUUUGUGCACUGGAACACGGACCAAGUGCGCGACGCGGCGGCGCGGCCAACGCUCUGCGCGUUUGAGUUUGCGGAGCAUAACAAGCGCCAGGAGGCCGCGGCGGCGGACGCAGCGGCGCCCGCGCCCGCUGCGGAACCGUUGACAACGGCCAUGCAGCAACAGCAGCAGCAGCAGCAGCAGCAGCAGGACACGCCAACAGUGUCCCCGCCGCCCACGCCGACGCUCGUGCCCUCGCGCCCGUCGGCGGCGGCGCCCUUUGCGGCGACGCCUCUGAUGGCGGCCGUGCCGUUUGCGUCGUCCCUGGUGGUGCCGGGCUUCUACCUGCCCAGCCCGGCCUGCGAGAUGCUGGUGAUGGGGCCCGGCGCGCCCAUUGCCGAGGCCGCCUGCGCGCCCUGCUACCUGCCAAUGGACGGCGACGGCCCCUCAGGCCUGCUGAUUGAGUGCGCGCAGCCCGCCCUGGGCGGCAGCCCCAUGCUGCUGCCCUUGCCGCCGAUGCCGUCGCUGACUGCGGCGGACAUAGCUGUUGCGGCGCUGCCGCCGGCGGCAGUCGCGGCGGCCGAGGCGCCUGUUGCUGCGCCGGCGGCCGCUGUGCGGGUGGGGUCCAUCCUGCACCAAGGGGGCGCGCUGCUGUGCUCGCGCACCACAGGCUGCAAGCGCCCCGCAGGCCACCAGGGGUGGUGCCUGGGCCACGGCUCCAAGCGCACCAGCAAGUGA